AUGCAGGUGUACUCGCCACCUUCUCAUGUCAUCAAAGCUUCUGGUGAGUACGAAAGAAAGAUGCCCACCACCAUGAAGGCUCUCAGAGGCAGGAAGCAAGGGCUGGUUUCGCUGGUAGAUUGCAUCCUCGCCAAUUUGUCCAAGGCUGGCGGGUACAGGGUGGAGGUCAGAAUGAAGCAUGGGAUGGGGGCAGAGACCGGCAAAGAGGCAAUCGGGUUGGGCCAAAGGCUGAUCUCCCAGCUUAGGAAUGCAACUGGCGCUUCCAUUCUAGUGCACAAGGUUCCCGCUGAAGCCUACGCCGCAUUCUUGAAAAAAGAACUGGCAGCAGCCAUAGAUGCCACAACCUUUUCGGGCAUGAGGAACUCUGGCCCUGACCGACAUGUGCCAGCACAAGUAGCAGCCUUCAAGGAGAAAAGCUUGCAGUGGUGCAAGCUAGUCUGCAAUCUUGGCUUGCGUUCUGGCCACUUUGCCAGGCGUGUGGGUAAUGGUAGCUCCUGCCAGCCCAACCAUUUCUGCUGGUUCUGUUGCUUCAGCUGGAGAGCAAGAUGA